AUGUCCGACUUGACCACUUUUGCCUUGUACUUCAUUAUUCUAUUGCAGUAUACGCUAUGCUCCGAAUGGAUUCAUCAUGAACCCGCUCGUGAAUGGGACAUUGGAGAACAUUGGGAUAAAGAUGGCACUGCUUGGGGCGGUUUUAGUGCAUCAAAAAGUGGGAAAGCUGGCGCAAAAAAGUACGGCGAUAAAGGACACAAUUAUGGUAACGGAGAUCAUGACGGUUUUGCAUAUGGAAGUAAGGGUGCCGCAGACGGAUUUUCCGAAUUUGCAAAACAUAUUGCCGAUGGACAUGUUGCUGAUGCACUGGAAGCUGGAGAACAUGCACUUUCUGGAGCUGAAGGACACAAAAAAUACUCAUACUUCACACAAGGAUCAGGACCACACGGAUUCUACUCUAAAGGAUAUUGGGGAACCAACGGUUAUGAUCACGAGGCAGCGAAAGAAGCCCAUGUAAAAGAUGCUAAUCGUGAUGGCUUUAAGAAAGGUUAUGAACAUGCGGAUGCUGAUCACGGUUUAGCACAUUCUGCUUGGGACAAGGUCGCACAUGGCAAAAAUAGUGAUGGACAUGCUCAUAAUCACGGUGCCUGGAAACAGGGUGCCAAGGAAUGGGACAGUAGCGAACGCGGAGAUGCAUGGAAAGAUUCCAAUGAUGAACAUCUCCAUAAUCACUACCAUAAUGACGGAAACUGGGACUAA